AUGAAUGACUUUCCAGUUACUUAUCUCAACUUUAAUCAGGAUUUGACAUGCGUUGCACUUGGUUUAAAAACGGGUUACAAGAUUGUCAAUGUGGAGCAGAAAUUUGGUCGAUGUUGUUCUUACAAAGAUGAUUGUGUCAAUAUAAUAGAAAUGCUCUAUACCACUUCACUAAUAGCGAUUACUCCAUUAGGCAAUGAAAUAGGGUCAUCACCUAGAGAAUUGAAGAUUAAAAAUACAAAGACAAAUAGUACGAUAUGUUCAUUGUUUUUCCCAACAUCAAUAUUGAAUAUUAAAUUGACUAAUGAUUAUCUUGUUGUGGUUUUGGAAUCGCAACUAUAUAUAUAUGAAAUCAAAACGAUGAAAUUACUUCAAACGGUAAAGACCAAUUCCAAUCCACUAGGAUUGUGUACAGUGUCAUAUGAUGCAAACAAUUGUUUAUUAGCAUAUCCUUCUCCACCUAGUGCUACAGAAACCCUUUCGAAUCUUCACAAUAGUCAUCAAAACAAGUCUAAUGCAAACAAAUCAGCAGGUAAUGCUACAUCCAACAAGGGAGAUUUGAUAGUUUUCAAUAUAAACAAGUUUCUUCCAAUUAUGGCGAUAAGUGCUCAUAAAAAUGAUAUUGCUGCCAUGAGUUUCUCAAGUGAUGGAUCGCUCAUUGCUACUGCAUCUGAUAAAGGUACGAUUGUUCGAGUAUUUGAUACAAAUACAGGAGUUAAAUUGUUUCAAUUUCGAAGAGGAUCCUACCCCACAAAAAUAUACUCUUUGCAGUUUAGCAAUGAUAACAAGUAUGUCCUAGCUACAAGUUCAAGUCUAACGGUGCAUGUUUUCAGAUUGGGUGAAGAAGAAGCAUUGGAGAAUAAACAGAAAAAGAAAAUCAAAACAAUUGAAGAAGAACCAGAGAAUGCACGAGAGGGGGAUGAAGAUGACUCGGAUGAUAUGGAAGAUAAUAUGGACGUUGAUGAUGAGGAUGACGAGGCAGAGAUACCCACGAAACAGAGGAAACUUUCUCAAGGCUCAUCCAACUCGUUUAACAGUGUUAACUCUGAAGAUAUCAAUGCGCCAGUCGUUGAUCAAAAUAGGCUUUCCGUUGCUAGAUUAAUUAGACGAUCGUCACAAACAUUGGGUCGAAAAGCAGCACAAAAAAUGGGUGAUUAUUUGCCAUCUAGAUUUUCUUCGAUUUUGGAACCCACGAGGCAUUUUGCUUCAAUCAAGAUUGAUGCAAAAAAUAAAGACCUCAAAUCGAUUGCAAUGAUAAACAACGUGAGCAGUGGACAAGAAUCACUUUCGCUAAAUCAAGUGGAUAGUAGAGACCUGGAUCAUCUUUUACAUGUAAAUGUUGUCACUUCAGAGGGGAUUUUGUACAUAUAUGGAUUAGACCAAGAGCGUGGAGGUGAUUGUAUAUUGUUAAACCAAUACAGUUUGAUAGAGGAGUAG